AGCGUCUCGGCCUGCACAGACGGUCUGGCCGCGGGCGGUUUUCCCCGGGCCCGCCCGCCUUGGGUCGCGUCGUCUCCCGACGCCUCCUGCCUGGGCCGGGCCUGGGCCUCUCCGCGCCCCCUUAUCCGCCGCGGCCUGUGCCUGCUGGAGCUCCGAACUCCGCGCUCUCUCCCCUUCCCGCCUUCCUGUUCUCCCGCGGACCCCGCCCCGUCCCGCUCCUCCGCCGUCUCCCGCCCAGCGACAGCUUCCCCUUUUCGUCCUCCUUGGCCGCCCUUUGCCCCUUCCCGCCCUUUCCCUCUCGCCUCGGAGCCCCAUUCUCGUUGGCUACCUCUUCGGCCCCACUCCUUUCUUCUUCCGCAUCCCUGGUGCCUCGCUCCAACUCCAGCCUCUCGUUCUGACCGCGGGAAUUUCCCGAGGAGCGCAAGUUUCCAGCUGGAGACCCCGGGCGGGCAGAGCCCCUGGACAGCUCCCCCCUCGGCGUUGUCCUCACACUCCAAGCCACCUCCUACCCCUCUGGGUUCUGACCAGGAAUUUUCUCCGUUUGUGUUUAACCGCGACAGUGUUAACAGGAACAUCGAUAAGUAGUGUAAAAACUUGCACAAUGAAAUCCGAAGCCAAGGAUGGAGAGGAGGAGAGUCUACAGACUGCUUUCAAGAAAUUAAGAGUGGAUGCAUCAGGGUCCAUAGCAUCUCUGUCUGUUGGAGAAGGCACAGGUGUCAGAGCACCAGUCAGAACAGCAACAGAUGAUACCAAACCUAAAACCACAUGUGCAUCUAAAGACAGUUGGCACGGGUCUACAAGGAAGUCUUCACGAGGAGCAGUGAGAACUCAGCGUCGUCGACGUUCUAAGUCUCCUGUCCUUCAUCCUCCAAAGUUUAUACAUUGCAGUACAAUAGCAUCUUCUUCCAACAGUCAACUGAAGCACAAAAGCCAGACUGACUCACCUGAUGGCAGCAGUGGGCUGGGAAUUUCAACCCCGAAAGAUUUCAGUGCAGGAGAAAGCUCUACUUCUCUCGAUGCUAAUCACACAGGGGCAGUCGUUGAGCCUUUGAGAACUUCUGUUCCAAGGCUCCCAUCAGAGAGUAAGAAGGAAGACUCCUCUGACGCUACCCAAGUCUCCCAAGCAAGUCUCAAAGCCAGUGAUCUCUCUGACUUUCAAUCCGUUUCCAAGCUAAACCAGGGCAAGCCAUGCACAUGCAUAGGCAAGGAAUGCCAGUGUAAGAGAUGGCAUGAUAUGGAAGUGUAUUCCUUUUCAGGCCUGCAGAGUGUCCCUCCCUUGGCUCCAGAACGAAGAUCCACACUUGAGGACUACUCGCAGUCGCUGCAUGCCAGAACUCUGUCUGGCUCUCCCCGAUCCUGUUCUGAGCAAGCUCGAGUCUUUGUGGAUGAUGUGACCAUAGAGGACCUAUCAGGCUACAUGGAGUAUUACUUGUAUAUUCCCAAGAAAAUGUCCCACAUGGCAGAAAUGAUGUACACCUGAUAGCAAGAAGCGAAUUCAUAUGCUUUAAACCAAUGAAGGCUUGUCAAAGAGAUUUAGUUAAUGGCAGACCUUGUGGCCACUUUGUGUGAGAAGACAUCUCUUUCUGCUCACUGUGCUUGCAAUAAAAACUUUACUUGGCAUCUCAGUUAAUCUUCAUUCUUUAAACUUACUCUCUGAGUUCUUCCAUACACUUCAAGGCAAGCAGAUCAAAGAAAAAUUUAGAAAUGUUCCUGGGGGAUGAAGAAACUAUAAUUACUUGAGACUGGCAGCAGUGGGUAAAAGCCUUUGUAAAACAGUGCAUUUUUCAGAUUUGUUUAAGGUUUGGUAGCCAAGGAAAGUAAAAUGUGAUUUUGUAACUGCACUAAACAUUUGUCAUGCUGUAGUUGCCAGCCCAGAAUAUUAGAAGUUACAAGACUGAUUUAAACCAUCUCUGAUUUAAUGCAAGAUCUAUUGUGUCUAUAAAGAUUUCUCAUGUUAUUGUUAAGCCAGAGAUCUAAGGUUUAGAUUCAAUGUGAAUAAACUAGCUGGCCUGCCCUCUAUUGUUUGAGAGAGUUAUUAACCAUCACUAAAGAAGCCCCUGCUGGUGCUAUUCAUCCUGAGACAUGUUACAUGCAGUUACUCAAGCAGCUUGGAAUGGGCUGCUUCAGUUGGAGGGAGGAGGUGUAAUAUUUGAAACUAGUGUGUGUCUUCACCAUCUCCAGCAUUUUAAGUAUAUGGUGUGUUUUUUUGUUAUUAGUUGUAAUACAGGUCUCAUACCUCAGUUUCAGAUGUUCUAGAUGGUUACCUCUUUGAGCUGCCCUGUCACCCCAGCAACGCCAAAAGAGAAUUUUGUACAUUCUGUAUCCCACAGAUUUGGUCAACCAUUUCAAAAUCCCCCCCAGUUUGGUAAAAAAAAAUCUGUCUUCAGUUUCAGCUGGAUGAUGAAUCCUUGUUUUUCACGUGGCUCCAAAAAGAAUGUUGCAUGUGUUCAGACCAUCCUAAGCAGGGCCACCAAAUUUAGUGACAGUGUCUAGUUAUGUUAGCAAUAAUGUUAACAGAAGCUUUUGUUUAAAUUACAAAAUACAUUUAUACUAUUUACUAAAA